CUCUUUUUUGUAAUGCUUUUGAUUUUCGGUGACAUUGCUGAUGUGCGCCAAUUGUGGAAUGAAAACUUUGAUGCGAUGUUAGAAGAUUUUGUACACAGGGGUAUUCCAAAUGGUCAACCCUUGAUUCAGACAACACUCCAAAGCUUGAACAUAUUAUUGCAAAGGCAUUUAAAAACUGUUACCGAAUUUGACUUACCGGAUUUGCUUCAUGAGAUCAUUGAAACUGAAUUGUCUACUGUACUUAUUGAAGAGCUUUCUUAUAACUUUAUUAUAGCUGACCUUAAUAAAGCAAACACAUUAAAUAAAGCACAACAUACUAUAUUCGACGAAACAUUUAGUCUUAUAGAGCAUCGCAAAAGUGGU